AUGAGCCUCACGAAGUUUGAAUGGAUACCAAAUGAGGUUCUACUUGAAAUUUUCGAAUUUCUCUCACCAGUUGACAUUUUCCAAGGAUUUUAUUAUUUAAAUAAACGUUACAAUGAAUUUCUUCAGUCGCUUCAUAUACGUGCAGAUCUGGUGAAUCUUCGCAAGCGAACGUAUGAUUACUAUAACUAUUUUCUGUUUCCGCUAAUGUCGCAAAGAAUUAUCGCCUUACGUUGCGAAGAUAUAUUUGAUCGUUUGAUGUAUCAAAUUCAUUUAUCGGAAUUCCCUGCAUUGAAAUACUUGACUAUUGAUAAAUUACAAUUUCAAACACUUCAAAAGAUUCUACCGCAGAUAAAUCUUUUACAAAAAUUGGUCUAUUUAAAUCUCCAGAUCCAAAGUGAUCAUAUAAGAGGGGAAAUGAUCACCUUUCAUGGACAAUUACCAUUGCUUCAAACGUGUAUUUUCAAUUUGAAUACCCAACUGUCAAUCGAAAACGAUCAACCCUAUUCUCACCUGACAAAUCUGACCCUCAAUCGUUGUGAUAUUGAACAGUUAUGUCCAUUCGUUCAUUUCUACACUCCACAACUGCAGCAGUUAACUGUUACACUUGUCAAUGGCAAAAUUCCCGAAUCAUGCUAUGAUAUUCCUCAUCUCAAAUCACUUGUUGUCGAUACCAAUGGGGUGUCGUUUGCCAAUUUGGUCAAAUCAAUUUUAUCUUCGGUUCCCAGUUUACAACAAUUAACUAUCGAUGCAACUGACAUUGAUUACACAAACGGUAAAUCCUGGGAAUCGGUUUUAUCGACACAUUUACGGAAGUUAAUUAAUUUGCGAUUGAAUGUUAGAUUUUCUGAAGAUGAUCUUCCAACUGCUAAUGAUCGAAAGGAACGACUUCAAACAUUCGAUACAUCGUAUUUCCGCUCUCGAUAUUGGUCUUUUGCAUUACAUCAUUGUCGUACAGAGAGAACACUGGAGUUGUUUUCCACUCCAAUGGUUAAGAAAUCAAUUCAAUUUAAUCUUUACAAUACAAACGUUGAGAAGACGGUGACAGAUGCUGACGAUCUGUUUGAAAACAUUGAAAACCUCACAUUAUUUUUAAGAAAUCUUGAUGAAAGUUUACUUAGAGAAAGAUUUCAUUUUUCGAAUGUGAAAAGCUUGAAACUUGUCUCUCAUUUUCAACAAUAUCAAGCGUUUCCAAAAACCUUGCUAGCUGAUAUUGCACGUUUGAUCAAACUUUCAAAUGUGGAAUCCAUUGAAUUCAUUGGCAACUAUUUCCCAACAUCAAUUCUUAUCUUACUUGACUACACACCAAAACUGCAUUCUCUUUCAGUUCGACUGAGGAAUCUAAUGAAUAUGACGAAAAUGUUAACCGAUCAAAAUAUUUGUCAAUGUUUAACAAAACUAAUCAGACAUUUAACCAUUAUGGCGAUCAAUAAUCUAAAAGAUUUAUCUUUCUACGAACGAUUACCAGUUGUAUUCGCGCAUCUUGAUUCCUUAACAUUAUCAUACGAGAACGUGAAUGAUUUGUAUCUUCCCAUCACGCUUCUCCUAUUGAAAAUAGCUUCAAAAUUGCGAACAAUGAAAUUGUGUAUUAGCCCAUAUUAUGAUAAGAAGAAUCUCGAUCAAUUUAUGUCAUGGCUUAUUGAUUACAUGUAUCAGCGUGAUCUGUCUCAUGUUGAUGUACAAUUAAGCAAUAAUCAAAUAUCCUUUUGUUUUUAG